GGCGGGAAAACAGCCUAUCUCCGACAGUUUUAUGUUAUUUCUUGAUCGAUCAAAGCUGUCCGUUGUUUUUAUCAGGAAAAUCAGUUUUUUCGACGAUUCGACUCGAUUGUUUACUCCAAAGGUCAACAUGAAUGAGAGAUGCAGACCUGUUUCCCGAGCCAUGCAGAUGGUUCUCAUGGCGAAAAACACUCCUCUAGGAGAUAAUACAGUUCAGAAUAUGGAUAUGGAUUUAACCAUAGAUAACCACGUAGAACUCGGUGUUGACACAACUGUUUCGUUAGAAACAAGCAAUAUUUCUGAUACGAGUCGACUGAUUCUAGAAAAUGACAUUUCAGCAUUGUGCGUAAUGUCUGACGAGCAGAUUUUAGAAAUUGUCGAUGAAAAUCUUCAGAUUUUGGAGGAAGAAAUCAGUAAUGCGGCAUAAAAAUCUAACGCUUUUGAGGAACGAAAAGAAGACGAUAAUGAGCAGGAAAUUGAAAGUCACCUGAACACAGUGGAAAAUAAUAUGGAAAUAAUCGCGAAAACUACAGAAAAUCCCAACACGAUCACUGAAAUAACAGUAAGAAGAAGAUCAAACGUUAAAAAUUCUCUGAGGGACUGGGAUCAGAAGAUUAACCAGAGGAAGAGGGAAAAGGGAGUGCAGUAUAAAGGC